ACCCGGUGCUUCCUAGUAACACAAAGGAAAGAUUCUCCUGGAGACUCCCUUGGAAUCGAGGUCCCACCAGGCAGUGGGGAGAGGCAGAGCAAUGAGGAUUUUCCCCAUUCUGGGUUGGAUGCUUUUCCCAGGCUGCUGGGCGGUGACGGGCCCCGGGGCAGUGCGCGGCCCCGCGGGCGGGUCGGUGGCGGUGCGGUGCCGGUACCGGGCGGGCUAUGAGCAUUAUCAGAAGUUCUGGUGUCGGGCAGGAGGUUGGUUCUGUUCCAACGGUGUCAUAGUUGAGACCGACGGGUCGGAGGCGAAGGUGACGCGGGGCAGAGUCUCCAUCCGAGACAAUCGCACCCAGCGCGCGUUCACCGUGACCGUGGAGAACCUGACACCGGCAGACGCCGGCACGUACCACUGCGGGGUAGACAGGACUGGACCUUCUGAUCUCAGGGCCACUGUGACACUCAUCAUCUCCCCAGCUACUUCUUCUCCACCCCCAAGAGAAAGGUCAUCAUCAGCGACGUCAUCAGUGACAGCUAAUUCUUCCCCUAAUUCAACAAAAAGGUCAUCAUCAGCGACAGUGCAACCAGCUUCUUCUUCCACGUCAAACUCUACUUCCAUCUGCACAACUGCUGAGGAAGGGAAAUCCAGCUUCUCCACUAACCAGGAUACCACUGAUGGGGCCCCACAGUCAAACAUCCUUCUCCACAUCCUGCUACCAUGUGUCCUGCUUCUUCUCAUUUUGUUUCUGCUCGCUGCUGUGAUGUUGGUGAGAGUGUCCAAGAGGAGGAAAAAAGAGCUUUCAGGACCAUCUGUGCAGAGGGACAAGAAAAUCAACCUGUCAAAUUUGGCCGUUGGGAACAAUGCAGCAGGCGGCAGCCCAGAGUAUGCGCUUAUAGAUUCUCCUGGAGCCACUGACCAAACAGGAUUUUACAGCAAUGUUGAGAUCUUUCCUAACUCAGUGAACCCGGACUGCAAUUAUGUGGAAAUCCAGCCCCACUGUCAGGGGUCAGAAGAGGUUUCUUAUGCCACUGUGACGAUUUCCACCCCCGACCAGCAGCCCAUCUAUGCCAACGUGGAGCAGCGCCCCAAGACAACACACCCAGCCAAGCCCCCUGAGGAAACCCUGUACAGCCCUGUGAAGCUGCCCCCCAAACACUAAACCUGGAUAUGAGGCAGAGUGGGGACGGGGGCUGCAUAGUCCUUAUCCAGGCUGCUUGAUCCCGACCUGGCAAAAUUUGAAGCAACAGGGUUUAGAAGCAAAUCUGACCUGGACAAACUCCGGCAGCUGUUGUAGGCAGAGGAUUUACCGACACACUCGGCUGGAACUGGAGUCUGUGGGUUUGUCCGAUGGACAGGUGGCCUGAUGGAAUUAAACAGUUGCUGUUCUCCUGUGAGGAGUGAGUUCAAAGAGCCAAUGGCUGGGCUUACAGACAAUGAAACUCCCCAGGAUCUGGUCAGCUAGACAAGAGAGAAAUGUGGCUCUAUGGUUAUGGAGUUGUCGGAUGUUUUCAGUUUCACAGGAUUUUUAAACCUUUAGUUUAUAAAAUUCUCAUUGAAGAGGCAAAAUCCAAACUCCAGAACAUGAACUUUGAGCAUAAUUUACUUGUCCCUUGUCUGAUGAAAAAUGUUCCCAUUUUGCAAGAAAUCUAAGACACUCUGGGCUCUGUCCU